AUAUUAUGUAUUGCAUAAUAAAUGUAAUUUUAUUAAUUUGCGAUUUUUUGUAUAAAAAUAAGUUAAACUCUGAUAUUUAUUAAUAAGUGCGCAGUAAUUCAACAAUUGUCACGACUCCCUGAGAGCUGCAACCAGAUAUACACAACUGCAAGAAUUCUUUAUUAACUAGUUUCAGGCGCAAAUGUACUUUAUACUCUACCACAUAAACCAGUGAUGAACAUCACUGGAACAUCAAAUGUCACAGGCUAUUCUGAGAGAAAGAAAUUUCAAAAAAAAAAAUUAAUUAUUCGUUAAUGACUUUGAAUUCGUUCAAUUACCUUUCAAUUACGAAAGGUCGGCGCUUGAAAUACAAGAGAAAAAAGUUCUCCCGUUCGUUAAUCUAGCAAAAGAUAUAAAAUAUUAAUAAGAAAUCAUCUAUGAAACUAAAAAUUAAUGAAAAAUUUGAACUAUCGCUAUCUACGAUAACUUAAUCAGUUUUCCUAUACUACUAGUCCAAGAAGCUCCAUCUGUUCUAAACGUGUACAAUCGUGUAUGCUAAUGAGGCUGCAGACAGAUAGAACUUUUCCAAUAAAUCGUCGAUGGCAUACGUUCGCACGGUUUCUUGAAACCUGUCCUGCGUCGUCGUUUACUUGUUACGCGAAAUACGAAAGAAUACGUAAUAUUCUCGGUACAUAUUUUCAGUGUAUAAAGUGGUUGUUCAAGGUAGAAGACCCUUCUCUCAGCAUGAACAAGUAAAAGUUGUAAUUGACAUUAACUAUAAUAGUGAAAAUUAACAAGUAGAUACAGCUUGGAGAUCGGAGACAUCCAAAACAAUGAUCUUAGUUACUCCGAUAUUAAAUCGGUGAUGUCGAUUAUACAUAACUUUCACUGUAAUCAAUGCGUCAAAUUGUCAGUAAUCUGGCCGAACGGAUAUUCAUCGUAUGCAUCGAUGACGAUUGCAUUGAGCUCAAUAAAAAAAGAAAGAAGCGGAAAAGCAACCGCUAUUUCAGCUGGCAAGAAUGGCUGGUCUCUGAUAAAUCGGAUUCAAUUCCUGUACUGGUUACCGUCGAAGACAGUUUUCUCAUGUCAAUUCCAGAGUGUGCAAUUCAACGAAUGUACCUCUCAUACUCAUCACGAACCUCUGCUUUUCAUCUACACGGAAGAAAAAUGCUCGUGCCAUUACGAAAGCAAAUUAUUCGUUUUAAAAUCCUAACACAAUUAUUUUUUGAACAGUUAAUGUUUAUCACUGUAAAACUUCUUGCACUUGAAAAUGACGAUGAUGGUAUAGAAAUUUGUCACGUUAUCAAAGAGAAAAGGAAAAUGUAACGUACAUCGAAUGAGAACCGCUGAAAGGAUUUUCCUUUAAUCGCGAAUUAAUUGCAUUGUUACCGGUGGCGUCUCGAUACCUGGCUAGAUACGUUUCAUCUUAUCUGUUCCCAAAGGCAAGAAAAACAAGCGUCAUUGGCCGCAGUCGCAUCUCACAGCGAGGACACGUGAGAGAGGAGAGGCGUGUAUACGUCGUCGGAAAACGCUCACGUACAUAUACGUUGAAGCAACCGUAGCCGGUUAUUAUAUGGCCGAUAUGGCUCCGAGGCAAUUAAUACUACUGUUAUGAUUCAGACGGGUACGUCAUGUGGUGCUUCUCGACAAUGCAAUAGCGGCAUUCGGUCAGUGUUCCACUGACAUUUGUGUCUCGCAGAUACUUGUUUUCUAUAUUUUUCCUUGCUGACCGCUCGAUCAGUGAAACGCGUGCACCAUAUUCCACGCACGUUGACUUGUCGCUCUUUCUAAAAUAUCUAGAGAAAUAUGUACAGUUUGACUCCACCGAGCAGCUGUAUCGUUCAGUGCUGUGUCUACAAAGUAUGAUAUCGAUAAACGUUCCGUGUGAUCUGUCGUAUUUUGACGGAAAAUAUGCGAUAUACUGUUCGCAAAACAAUUGAAUGGCACAACGAAGGCAUGGAACGAGACGGAAGAACUUGAACGUGUAAUAAUCUCCACGGUGAUUGUGUAAACGUGCGCCGCGGUGAGCCAAUCCUUUGGAAAGGAAACACAAUGGUAUCUUAAGUUGAGGUGUUUGUGAAAGAUAAACUGUGCCACAAUUCCUUGAACUGUUCUGACUGAGAGUACAUCAAUGAGGUAGGCGGUUAUUCUUCGCACGCAAGUGUAGGGUGAGCGAAAAUUUGGCGACAGGCGUAGCGGAAUCAGGAGCAACUAUGUCGAACAAUAAUAUUGGGCCGUUCGCUGAAAAGGAUUUAUCCAAUAAGAACAAUAUGUUGAUCGAAGACGAGAAACAACAAAAAACCAAACCGAUCUCGAUGAACAAGAGCAUCGAGGAUAUACCAGGAAAGUUAAAUAAAUCAACUCAGAUCGACUUUACCCAAUUAUCAUACGCUGCACAGAGAGUAAGACCAACUUCCAUAGCUUAUCUGCCAAAACAAACGCAAAUCAGCGAUAAUCUGAGUUACUCUUUUUCUCACAAUUCUAAGAGCGUGUUGUAUCCUUCGCAGAGCGAAUUGGUUCUAUCACCUAGAAACAGACAAAAUCGUUAUGUAGCUUUAGAUAUGAGAUCAAUGGGCAGUGUUCCGUUUUCGAGUCCUCAUUCGAACAGUCAUAUCUCAGGAAACAAUGUGCCGUACACAUGUUGCUGUACGUGUGCGGGAUCGCAAGCACCACAAACACCUUCUUCCCAUCACACAGAAGAGCAAGACGGUCCUGAAGGUCUCUCGUGGAGAAGACUUCACAUGAGCAGAGCCAAGUUGAAAGCGACCGCGACAACGUCGGAACUAUUAAGUGGAUUUGCCAUGGUGGCUAUGGUGGAGUUGCAAAUAAACGAGCCAACCGCGGUCCCAGAAUGGUUGUUCGUAAUAUUCGCUGUUUGUACAACCGUUCUAGUAUCAGUACACAUCUUUGCUUUAAUGAUAAGCACGUAUUUAUUGCCCAAUAUCGAGGCUGUCAGUAAACUUCACAUGUCGCGUCUCGUCACGGAAUCACCGCACGAAAGAAUGCGCGGCUUCAUCGAAUUAGCUUGGGCAUUUUCCACAGUUUUGGGCCUGUUUUUGUUCCUAGUGGAAGUUGCCAUACUCUGUUGGGUGAAAUUCUGGGAUUACUCGUUCACCGCAGCUACUGCCAGUACUAUCAUAGUGAUACCGGUGCUCGUAGUGUUCAUAGCUUUCGCAGUUCACUUUUAUCAUUCGUUGGUAGUGUAUAAGUGCGAAUCAUCCGUUACUGAUAUGAACGAAUUGGAAAGUAUUAAAAGGAAUUUAGAUAACGUGACAAUGGGACAAAGCAGCGUAUAAACGAUAGGCUUAUUUGGCAUUAUAAUUUCAUUUUGAUUUUCUAAAAUAAUAACUUUUAUAAAAUUUUUCUAUUAAUUUUUUAAAUCCAAUCUUAUGAACACGAAACAUUGUAUGUCAUCAACGUUCAUAAUAUUCUAUUAAAGAGGUCCAGACAGUGUGAUUUACCGUGUUCAUACAAGAUUGGCUACAAACAUUGAUCAAAUCUUUUGCAUAUCUUUGAUAACUUUUAAGUCCUUUUUACCCGGUUCAAGUAAUUUUUUAACGAUAAACUAUGUGAUAUAGUAUAAAAGCAAAUAUCAACGUAACGUAGAUACAUAGCUGAUAAUGAUGGCCAAUACUAUACUCUAAAAGAUCAAAUACAUACCAGAGACUUAUCAAUUAUAAUCAACUGAAAAAUAGAAUAACAUAGUAUAUAGGCUCUCAAAACAUAUAUGUAUAUAAUAUAACAGUGAUAGAAAAAGAACAUGUGUAAGUUUAUUCAAUAAGUUUACUUAUUCAACACGAUCAUACGAAAAUGAUCGGAUUUUUAUAAUAUAUAUAAAAAUGUACAUAGCUGUACACAUGCAAGUCAAGAACUGCAACAGUACAAGCAAAGUGCUCUUAAUAAUAUAUCAGCUAUAAUUAUUUAGCAUUUAAUUAUAAUUCUAUUUACGACUUAACUUCCGAUUUUUUCUUUAAAUGUAUUUUCUCGUUUACUUUGCUUUUUAUUUCGUGCGUCGUAUCACUAUAUAUAUAUAUUAUAUACACGAUACAUAUUAGUGAUACAAUGUAUGAAAUAAUAUAUGUAUGUAUAUAUAUUUCGUCGCUUAGUUUAUGGGAAAAUUAAAGGACAAUCAAAUAGUUGUGAUUUAUGUACAUGCUUCCAUCUUUGUUAUCCUAGUCAAAUAAAUAAUUUGUCAGACUUAAAGACUCUCGUUAAUGAAAACGUGGUUCUUUAUAAUAAGCUGUUAAGAAAGGGAAUAAAAUUUUCUUACACCUUCCAUUUUCACCAUAAACUAAGUUAUAAUCUUACAAUUGAUAUUUUCUACAUUGUUAUGCUUCGAACUCUGUUUGUACAAAAAAGAAAAAAGAACAAUAACAUGAAUUAAACGAAGAAAUGCAACUGAAGCAAGAGGAGUAUACAAGUGUUUUAUUUUGAACUUGUUGUUUCAUGAACCUCUUUUAAGGUAUUGAAAUCUACCCUAUAUUAUACAACGUCUCUGAUUAUGUGGAUAUCUUUUCCCAAGAAUUCACUGGUUUCCCGGUAAACUAAUAUCUCGGAUUUAA